AUGGCAGACUUUGACCUCAACUCAACAUUCAUCCCUGCUCUUCAUAAACCUUCGGCCUUACUACCCAUCGCCAAGCAUCACGAUAGCUUACUCUACCUCAUCGAGAAAAACCCGGUAACAAUCGUUGUUGGGCACACAGGUUCCGGUAAAACCACACAAAUACCGCAGUUCCUCGAGCACGCGGGAUGGUGCUCUGACGGUAAGAUAGUUGGUGUUACUCAGCCCAGAAGAGUAGCUGCUACAACAGUUGCAAUCAGAGUAGCCGAGGAGUAUGGCUGUGAGUUGGGAAAGGAGGUGGGCUACUCGAUUAGAUUCGAAGAUGUGACAUCUGCUGCAACUCGAAUUAAAUUCUUAACAGAUGGGUUACUUAUUCGAGAAGCUCUGGUCGACCCGCUGUUGUCGCGUUACUCCGUCAUCAUGGUUGAUGAAGCCCAUGAGAGGUCUAUAAGCACGGAUAUUCUUCUUGGUCUUCUUAAGAAGAUACGGAAGCGAAGACCAGAACUACGCAUUAUUAUUAGUAGCGCUACUCUUCAAGCGGAAGAUUUUCUCAACUUCUUCUCCCAGCAGUCUGAUAACCAAGGACCUUCCGACGGCGAAAAGAGUGAGAUAGGUUCAAUAAUUAGUCUUGAAGGUAGGAUGUAUCCUGUAGAUGUUCUCUAUUUAGAGUCACCGGCGGAAGACUACGUUGAAAAGGCGAUAUCUACGAUUUUCGACAUUCAUACUAAAGAACCAGAUGGCGAUAUUCUUGUCUUUAUGACCGGUCGCGAAGAGAUCGAUACUGUUGUCCAAGCCAUUGCGGAACGAGCAGCCCAACUUCCGCCAGCCGCUCAAUCAAUAUCUGCUCUUCCAUUAUAUGCGGGGUUAUCAACAGAGCAACAAAUGCUAGUAUUUGAUAGUCCGCCUGAGAACACAAGAAAGGUCAUAAUCUCGACUAAUAUCGCGGAAGCAUCCGUCACAAUCGACGGUAUUCUCUAUGUCAUUGAUUCGGGUUUCGUCAAGCUAAGAGCCUUCGAUCCUAAGACUGGCAUUGAGUCUUUAACAGCAACACCUGUUUCAAAGGCGGCGGCGCAACAGCGUGCGGGAAGGGCUGGACGCACGAAGCCAGGAAAAUGUUUUCGGCUUUACACCGAAAAGGCUUUUCAGGCCUUACCUGAUGCGAACAUCCCGGAAAUACAAAGGUCUAACCUUGCACCAUUUAUCUUGCAACUGAAGGCGCUUGGUAUUGAUAACGUCGUACGCUUCGACUAUCUAACCCCACCACCAGCGGAACUUAUGGCCAAAGCAACAGAACUGCUCUUUACCCUAGGUGCCCUGGAUGAGUACGCUAAGCUUACAAAACCGCUGGGUAUGCGGAUGGCGGAGCUUGCGGUGGAGCCUAUGAUGGCGAAAACCCUAUUAACAGCCUCAUCAUUUGACUGCCUUAGCGAAAUACUUACAAUCGCGGCGAUGACAACCCUUAGUAAUUCUAUAUGGGUUCAGAGAGAAGGGGAAAAGAAGCUGACAGAGUCUUCGCGACGCAAAUUCGCUGCGGAAGAAGGCGAUCACUUGACGCUUCUAAAUGUCUACCAAGCAUUUGUAACCAAGGGCAAGAAAGAGUCGAAGUUUUGUCACGAAAAUCAUCUCAAUUUUAAAGCUAUGACCCGCGCCGUAAGCAUCAGAGCGCAACUGAAACGCUACCUGGAACGGUUUGGAAUAGCAGUAGACGAGAGCCUCAAGACAUCAGCAGUAAAUAAAGGAGAGCAGAUUCGACGAUGUCUCACGACGGGAUAUUUUGCCCACGCAGCUAGAAUGCAACCCGAUGGAAGCUUCCGCAAUAUUGAAGGUGGAACGACACUCUAUGCGCACCCUAGCUCUUUAAUGUUCAAUCGCAAAGCUGAUUGGGUAAUUUUCCACGAGGUUAUGGAAACCGGCAGCAAGAUAUUCAUUCGCGAUAUUAGCAAAAUUGAGAAGGAGUGGCUUCUAGAGUAUGCGUCAGGAUACUACCAAGUUAAGUCAUAA